CCGGCAACGUGGACCGUUAGUAGAGUUCGGUAACCCUGAAAUUUCGGUUACAAUGAUCAGGAUCGGAAGUUUAUUCGUGCUCGCGGUAGCUUUGGAGCUAGUUUGGGGGCAAUGCACGGUCAACCUCAGAACGAACCUCGUAUCCCCUGAACCAGUUUUCUUCCGUACGGCGACUCAGCUAUGGUCACCCGAUGGACCUUCCCUGUUCUGGAAUUCUGGCGAGACUACCACCAUAUCUUGCCAGAGUGGAACUCUCACUGGGUUUGGUGUUAGCACAGCAUCCCUCACAUGCCAAUCUGGAACUUCGUUCACCAUUGGUGGAAUUCCGGUUAGCUCAGCUGCAUUGACUUGCUCACAAAGAAUCACUGGAGAAAUCCAAAUCACAAGUACCUCUUGCGGUGGCGGAGCUGGGCAGCUGAGGAACAUCGGAUUCCUCAACCCUAGCAGUCAAUUGGUUACAUACAUUCAAUCGUGUUACAAUGUUAAUACUGCAUCCGUUAUCUACACCAGGCACAUAAUUCCGGGUCGAGCAAUCAAUCAUGCUAUCCAGGAGUCCUAUCGUCCAUCGUUCAAGGUAGCUGGAACUGCAUCGCAUGUCAGUCCAGCUUCCUCGUACACUACGGCUUCUCAAGCUACUCGUCUUGCUGUGUUGUUGGGUUCACAAGCGCAAGCAGAUCGAUUCAUCACCACGAGUUCGUAUAUGUCACGUGGCCAUCUUUCUCCCGAUGCUGAUGGUAUCUUCCGCUCGUGGCAAUGGGCUACCUAUUUCUACGUUAAUGUAGCCCCUCAAUGGCAGGUUGUCAACGCCGGAAACUGGUUAACUGUGGAGGGUGCUGCUCGUAACAUCGCCGGACGAUUGCAAGAAGACGUGUUGAUAUUCAACGGCUGUCACGACGUCAUGACCUUACCACACGUCAACGGGCAGCAGAUUCCCAUCACAUUGGAAGCAGGCGGUAUCCAGGCUCCGAAAUGGUACUGGAAGAUCAUCAAAUCACCGAAUACCAAUUCGGGUAUCGCUCUGAUCACCAACAACGAUCCAUUCCGAACGAGCAUGCCGGCAGGGGAGAUGCUAUGUCAAGAUGUGUGCAGCACGUACGGAUGGGGCAAUGCAAACUACGGGAACUUUGCGCGUGGAUUUACGUACUGCUGUACGGUAGCUGCUCUCAUGAGUGCAAUUCCUGCCAUUCCUUCCGAGGCUGCUGUAGCUAACGUACUGCGAUACUGAACAAAAGGCAAGCUUGAUUUUAGUAAAAGGAUGAAAGAAUAAACACUAGAAACGUAGCAUCAAUAAA